AGCCAAGACGCUAGAACGCGUUCCGCCCCGCCGACUUCUGCCAUGUCCCUCAAACACCUGUUGAAUGACGAAGAUAUCGAGUCGUACCCUGUAUACGCGCAGCAACUGAGAUGGGGUGAUACGGAUGAUUUAGGGUUUUUUGAUGAACCUGUCCCGGUACUUCCAUGUCAACCGUGGGAUCAAUGCAUCGGCGAAAUCCUCGCACCCGACGUAUUAGAUGGAAGCUAUGGAGCAAACAUCGACCCGACCCUGGAAUCAUUUCAGUUCACGCAGCACCAUAUUGAGCAAUGGGUGACUGGUCAUGUCGUGCCCGAGGUCCUGGAGGCACCACAACCACCAAAAGAAGAUCUUGUCUGCUAUGGGACCGUAAGUUUACUUAGGUGAGCCGUUAAAAUUUGAAGCUCCGAAGCAUCCUCCCGACAGCUGAAAAUACAAUUCUCAUGAUUGAUAUAGAUCUUCCGGGCGUCCAUGAAACUUUUGGGCAACAUGCUUGACCUAGACAACAAGCUCAAUUCGGUGGCCGGGAGCUCCGUCGUUGGUCACUCU